AUGUCCUCUCCCAAGGCAGCCCACUACAACGCCGCACUCAACACAGCCCUCACAGCGGGCAACUGGCCAGCCUCAGCCCCCGCCACAGCCCCCCGCGGCGCACAGCUCGAGUGGGGCGAGCUCGUCCGCAAGUGGGGCAAGCACACCGGCGGUAACGUCCAGCUCGUGCAUCAUCUCCGCGACAUCUCCCUCGCCUACCUCUCCACAAGCGGGCACAGCAUCUCCAGCUCGGGGUUUCUGGCCCUGCCGAAUAACGACGCCUCCCAGUCGAUCGAAUCGUCGCCAUCUGCGACCACUUCCGCAGACAGUGGCUCUCAGACCACGUCCUCGUUCGUCCACAUUCCCCAUCCCCAUCUCCACAGGCGGCAUAGGAACCAGGGGUCGGUGGAUGAAAGCGUGGCAGAGUCUGGCAACACCGUGAAACCUCAGGCCGAGGGGACGCCCCGCGCAGCAUACUUGUCUGAAGGCGAUCUUGAUGGAGAUGACUAUGAUGACCAGCGGGCUUGGGCGAUUGAUAGAGUAUGGUGGAUGGGAGUAGCGUCUCACAACGCCGAAGAGGUGCAAGAGGGAGUCAGAGCGCUGGAGAGCAGUUUCGACAGCGGCAAGCUGUCUCCGGCCGAUGGGCAGUCUGCCAAGCUUACCCUGGCAUACCAUCAACACGCGUUAGGAAACCACAACGCCGCCUUGAGGGUAUACGAGACCGUGGACUGGAGUACGGAGAGCAGAUUCGGAGUGGUGGAGGGAGAUGCGGCCGUCGUAGAGAGAAUACGAGGAAGGUGCUUACAAGGUAUCUCAUACGAGCUCUCUUCUCCUUCAAAUGCCUCUCUCGCCAUACAAUCAUACCUGUCCACCAUUCCUCUAUUACAAUCCCUCCAAUCCUUCACUCAGCCCAUACCCUCCUACCUCGGCAAGUCGCCAGCCAAAGUAGCUUCAUUCGAGGCCCAUCGCGAAGUCUUCCGCUUCAUCUCCACUGCCCUCGCCCGAGCGGCUGUCCUCUCUUCUCACGAAUCUGGUCAAGAGGCUCGGCAACAGGGUCUGCAGAUCCUUCGCACGUUCCAUGCCCUGAGCUCAAAUUGGCCAUCUGGCUUCCGACCCGUUCAGCGUCAAAAGUUGCUCAUCCUCUACCUCCGUGCUCUCCAUUCUUCCCCCUUCACAUCAGGGCCCUUGCUGUAUGCUUCUCCAGCCCCAACUGUCCCCCCUGCACAAUUGUGGCAUUCUGAAGUGGUACAUGCCCUGACGCAGGGAAAGAACCUGUUGAAUCACACCACCUCCUUCCCCCGCGCCGGGGCGGUCAAUCACCCCGUCCUGCUCUUCGCAACCCUCUCCACCCACCUCUACUCCCUUUCCCCUCAUUCCUCGCUCUCAGAGACCACCCUCGACCUGCUCUGGUGGGCCAUGACCCUUACAUUCCAGUCCCAGUCGAUCUUGAGAAACCUCUUAAGAGUGAUGGUGGAUAGGAAAGACUGGGUGGAUGCGAAAAGGAUCUUUGGGCUGUAUGUGGACCUGGUAUUGAAGGCUAGACAAACAAUGUCACCUGAAGUAAACCUUCAGCUUCAAAAACGCCCUUCCGACGAAGACCCUCAUCUCGAACCCACCCGCCACGAGACGGCCUCAGGCGCCGUACCCUCCCCGCGCCCCGCAGCAGACUCUCCAGCUUCUCCGCACGGGGCAGAGGCGGACGACGAUUAUGAUUUUGUGAGGACGCUUUUGAUGGGUGCGAGGUUGUUGAGCGAGCAUACGAAUGAGCCGGAAGAGGCUUGGCGAUAUGUGACGCUUGCGGGGGAUGUCGUGUCUGUCUCGCAGACCUUGGGACAGAAGAGUAAGGCCAGAAAAGUGUUGGAAGGGCGAGUUGAAGAGGCCAAAGGUGUUGUGAGGAUCGUCAUGUCGAGGACCACGGAUCCUCUCCAGAGGGCGACUUUCCAGUCCCAAGCUCUCAACCAUCUUCUCAGCUCCACCAUCCUCCUUCCCACAUCUCCCUCUGCAUUCUACCACCUCGCGCACGCUUACGCCGCCGCCCGCCAAGUCCCCGAAGCCACCGAGGCUGUCCGCCGGGCCCUCGAACUCGAAGGCGAUGAAGAAGCCGAGCUGGGAGAGCAUGAUGAGAAGGAGAGGCCGGUGGGCGUGGAAGGGUGGUUGCUGUUGGGGAUCUUGUUGACUGCUCAAGGGGAAUGGAAUGCGGCUAGAAAGGCGUUGGAAGCUGGUAUCAAUAUCUGGGAAGACGCCGAUGCUUUGCCCCUCUCGGUCGAGACGGUACCGUCGAUUGCCCCGCUUCUACAACCGUCCGGUCUUCCAACGACUUUACCGACUCUACCACUCUGCCCGCCACCGCCAGACACCAAGCUAUCUCAGGUCAUUCGUCUGAGGACGACCCUCAACGGGGUGGUCGAAAAGAUGAGGGGGUGUGAAGAGGCAAUGGUCAAUCAGCAGGAGCUGUUUGCAUUCUUCUCGGGCAGGUGUAGGUUGGUGUCGGAGAGGAAGAGGAGUAGUACUGUUGGUGCUGGGGCUAGUGUUGAAUUGACUGGGUUCAGAGAGGGUGGUUUGGAUGGAAGUUAUAUCAGUGUGAGGGACGAUUUACCUCAAAUACAUACACCAAGCCAACAAUCAUCCGCUGGAUCCAUUCAAGGUCCCACCCUCGCCCAGCCUAUCCCGCGUACAUCCUCCCCGCCUGCGGGAGACGCUCUCGAUGUCCCCCAACGUCGGUCCGUCUCUCUCAGGGGAAGAGACCGAGCUGGAAGCUUGCGAAGGGGAUUGGGCAAGCAUUUGAACGUCUCCAGGGCUUCUGCCGUUGCCGGGGGUGAGGCGGAGGGGUCAGAUGCGGAUGUUUCUACCAGGUUGCGAUCGCCGUCAACUGCACAUUCAAUCGCCCCUACUGCCAUCCACUCCACCUACCGCUCUUCCCGUACUCCUGCUCCUCCACCUCCAUCCCAGCCUUCUUCUGCGCCGGAUCUGCAUACAAAGGAAGAGAAGCGGAUUCUGAGUGAUUUGUGGUUGAGCAGCGCGGCGACUUUUAGGAGGUGGGGCAAGACGGAGCAAUGUCUUGUGGCGGUGAUGGAGGCUGAGACUUUGGACCCCGGAAACCCGGACGUAUGGGUGCAGUUGGGCCUGUACCAUAUCGCCACCAGCCCCAAGGAGGGCGAGCCGGCAUAUGAAGGGAAGAAGAGGCAGCAAGAGGUAGUCUGGAAAAAGGCAGAAGCGGCGUUUGUCAAGGCAUUGUUGAUGAAGCCCGACUAUCCUCAAGCGAUAAUCGGGCUUUCAAAGCUGUAUCUCGCAUCGCCAUUCACACCCCCGCCCCGCCCUACCCCACCGCUUCCCUCGCCCGCCCAGUCGCAGAAUGGAAAGGCCACAGCGCCUGAGCUAGUACCUUCUUUACAAGGACCCGACCUCGCCGAGUCUUUGCUCAACCAGCUGACGCAGGCUCAUGGGUGGGAUGAUCCCAUGGCGUGGUUCUUGCUGGGCAAAGUGGCAGAAAGGCAGGGGAGGGGAGAUAGGGCUAGGGAGUGCUGGGAGUUUGCUUUGGGUUUGGAGAAGGGGAGAGGUAUCACGGGAUGGGAUGUGGCGAAGGAAUGGUUGUAG